UUGACGGAUUCAUUGAAACAUAAGAUUCAAAUGUUUUUAAUAUUAAUAGUAAUAAUGAUUACAAUUAUAUUGAAGUCAUGUAUUCAUAAUCACCACAAAUAGGUCCCAACUGUUGACACACAGGAUAUCAUCGAUCCAUUCAAAUGAUGACAAUAUUAAGAGCAGAGACGUUGAAGACAUACAAUAAAUACGAUGAAAACAAAUUGAAGCUAAAGAUAGUCCACUUCUGUCCGCUCGACGGCAAAGAGUCGGAUCCGAAGUGCAAACGCAUUAUAAUCACAACUGACUGCUCAUCUCAACAGUCAAUCCCAACAAAUGACAAACAUUUGGUGAUUGUCUUCUAUAGCGGACUCGCGAAGACACCAUUCAAGAAGUCUGCCCUCAAAUUUGGUCAGAUAUUUACUGUUCAACGCUUUGAGACAACGAUUAUGCCAAAAGAUAAAGUGUUUAAAUCAAACGGACAAAUAUUGAACACCUUUUACGACGCGUUAGUUUUGGUGAAACCAGAAUUUGAUCCCAUUAUCAAAAUGCUGGUUAGUCUUCGUGAAGAGCCAUUUACAGCGGUCGGUGACAGCGAUUCGUUUCCCGAAGACAAUCAAAUGGUAUCCGUUGGAAGCGCACGAAGAAAACGCCGUUCUGUUAGUAGUGACAGUACAGGUAUAUCCCUAUCAGUAACCGAUGAACAAAAAAUAGUCAACACUUCGGUUAAAAAGAAAUUGAGAUUUGAAGAAAUGAAUGAAGAACUGGAUAUUCAUUUGUCAUCUGAUGAUGAUUUCAAUGAAACACCUUCGCGACAGACUCGCAAUAUUUCAUCACAAAAUCGCAUAAAUACUACAAAAAAGAGACAAUCAAACGAAAAUCAAAUGGUUUUAUUAAGAGCUCAAAAUCAGAGCAAUAAUUCACAGUUACCGCGAACACCGAGUCGGUCGCAGACAUCAAAUACCAGUAGUAGAAGUCCCACAACCAGUACUUCUACUUAUGAAUACAAAACACUGAAAGAAAUUCAUAGUCUGAUACCUGUCAGUGGAAAGACUUAUUGUCAUACGUAUGGUAUCAUCCAAUCGAGAGAUUAUAAACGCAAUACAAUUCAAUUAAGAGAUGAAAAAGUUUUUAGUAUAACAAUAUCGUUAAGACCGGGAAAAAGUGAUUAUCGUCACUAUCCGGCCUCAAGAACAGGAGAUAUUAUUCGUAUUCAUCGCUUAUUAUUACCACCGAAUUCAAUGGAGUUUAUCUGUUCAGAUCCUAAGGAUGUUGUCAUCUGUGAAGGCUUUCAAGAUUCAGAAGCAUUUUCACCAAUUUAUACGAGUAUUAAUCCAACAUUUGAUGAUUUCGACCGAAAAAGAAAGAGAGAAUUGGAAGAAUGGUUUAGCGAUGAAUUACUUAAUGAUAGUUUGAGCCAAAAGAAAGCUAAUGAUAAUUAUAGUAUUUAUACUGAUAUCUGUCUUCAAGUGAUCAGAUUAACCACACUUCGGGAGAGAACUUAUUUGGCCGCUUGGGAUACGACGAGACCCGCACAGCAAACAUACAAAAGACAUGUAUCGACUGAACAGAUGAGUCUAACGACCAGUGAAGAGGAAUUGGUCCGAAUCAUCAAUGAAGACAAUAUGUCUAUUGUUGUGACUGCUUUUGAGGAGCACUCAAAUGCCUGUCAAAUAUUGAAACCUUUUGAUUUUGUUGUUCUGUUUAAUGUUUGUAUUAAAGCCGAUAAAUAUAACAAAGAUUCCUUCACUUAUACGAUGAGCUCAGGUUAUACACACGGAAGAUGUCUUCGUGUGGUAAAACGUGAUUCAGUUUUAGGUCAAAAAUUUUACAAUCGUAUUGAAGAAUAUAAGGUGAUGUCUGCCGUCAAUGUUGCCGUUCCUUCUAUUGAGGAAUCAUUUCCAUCUCAAUCACUUCCAAGUGAAAGUCAAGAUAUUAAUAUGAUGUCAACAUUUAUGACAACAAAUGAGUCAAUGUUUUCUGAAAUGCCUGACUUUGACGUCAAUUUAGAUGAAAUUGUAGAUGUCUUAGAAAACGAAGAAUCAUAUUUGCCAGUGACUCGUAUUGUGGAUAUUCCGACGCAAAGUGUGACCAUCGAAGAAAUGAUAACCAAUACAGAAGAUAAACGACUUUAUAAAGUGAAGGCCCGUGUGAUUAAUCAUUUGACUCCUAAUGACAAAAAUGAUAUCAUCUGUUUGUUGUGUACUAAUCAAGAGUGUCAUCAGUUAAAAACUUUAAGACAAGCCAUAAGUGAUGAUCCACUCAUUGAAUCAAUUAUUCAAUCAGCAAAAGACAGAAAACUAUUAUUAAAUUGUUUUAAAUGUAAACAGAGUUCUUGUGUUUUGGUAUUUAAAAUGAUAUUAAUAUUAGAAGACAACAAACGCGACAAAUUGAUUGUCCAACUGUUUGGACACAACGCCGAACUAUUUUUCAGAGCCACACCCGAAGAGAUUCUUAGAAUUGAUAUUAAGUGGCAUUUUGUGGAAAAACUUUUGAAUUAUAUUUGUGCCAAAAUUGCAUCAAUUGAUUUCAAGCAUUCAAAUAAUGUAUUAAACUAUUGGGUUCUUCAGCCAUCAAAAGUAGAUAAUAGAGACGAAUACAUAUAUCAAGUGAGGACAGCGGUGGCCAUUGAAACACAAGACAAAUGUGUUGGACUUAAUUUAUUAAAUAAAUAAUUUUCAUUUUAUAAUAAUAAUCCAAUUUAUAUAA